AAUAUAACGGAGAUGUGUAAGUUCUGGAAGUCCAGAAGUUGGAGUCAGCUGACGUUUAACAUUCUCCCUUCUGUCUGACUCAGUCCCUUCCGACGCAUGGGAUGAGGGAACGUUCGCCGUAGGAAAACUCAUUUUAUAUCGAAUAUUUUUGAGGAAUUUAGUAUUUGAAAUGUGUUACAAAAGUUGUCGUAACUGUCAAGAAGUUCGGCGUUUUUAACGACUUUCCAGUUUGAAGGUUGGUCAUCUCCUGUCUAAUCCAGAACAUCGUUCAUCAUGGGUGACUGGAGCGCACUGGGGAAACUUCUUGACAAGGUCCAGGCGUACUCCACGGCAGGAGGCAAAGUCUGGCUCUCCAUCCUAUUCAUCUUCCGGAUCCUCGUGUUGGGGACGGCGGUGGAGUCCGCCUGGGGAGACGAGCAGUCGGCGUUCAAGUGCAACACGCUGCAGCCCGGCUGCGAGAACGUCUGCUACGAUAAGUCGUUCCCCAUCUCCCACGUGCGCUUCUGGGUGCUGCAGAUCAUAUUCGUGUCCAUGCCGACUCUCCUGUACCUCAGCCACGUCGUGUUCCUCAUGCACAAGGAGGAAAAGCUGAAUAAAAAGGAGGUGAAAUUAAGAGAAAUCCAGAGCAAAGGAGGAGAUGUGGAUGUGCUCCUUAGGAAAAUAGAAAUUAGGAAGUUCAAGCACGGCGUGGAAGAUCACGGGAAGAUCAAAAUGAGAGGAGGGAUAUUUUACACAUACAUAGUGAGCAUCGUCUUAAAGUCCAUAUUUGAAAUCGUCUUCCUGUUGAUUCAGUGGCAUCUUUACGGAUUCAAGCUGUCGGCCGUUUAUACGUGUCAGAAGUUUCCUUGUCCACAUAAAGUGGACUGCUUUUUGUCUCGUCCCACUGAGAAGACGGUUUUUAUCAUCUUUAUGUUGGUCGUGUCACUUGUUUCUCUAGCCCUUAAUGUUUUUGAGUUUUUUUACGUAAUUUUCAAGAGGAUGAAAGACAGAUUUAAAGAGUCUGAGAAAAACUUUGAAAGCGCCUGUAAUAUCAAGCCCUGCCCAAGGAAUCUGUCCAGUUACGGGUAUUACAAUGACUGCUCGGCCCCUGUACCUAAUUUGGGCUACAAUCUAGAUACGGGCGAUAAGUCCAACUCCUCUGACAAUUACGACAAGCAGGCUAAUGAGCAGAACUGGACUAAUUACAGUACAGAACAGAACCAGCUGGGUCACACCCAGAGCUUUCCAUAUCCCGAGAAAGUGACUCUGGGAAAGGAUCUUCUGCUGCUCAAAGAGCUUGAACCUCGACCCAGUAGUCGAGCGAGCAGUCGGGCUAGGCCCGAUGAUCUUGACAUCUAGCAGAAGCCUAAAACACAGGCCUGAUGGACAAUUUUUAGCUUUCACAAGCAGUGAACAUUAAAAAAAACUGUGAAAAAGACACUAUCACUGAGAUCCAAAGAAUAUGUUUCAGCGUUUAUAUUUAUUUUAUUAGUUUUUGCUAUUGUAACUCAAGCCAAACUGUUUUUUUUUGUUUAAACUGAACUAUAUUUAUGAGCUGUGAUUGUGAAAAGUUCAAUCAUUUCACAGGUUUGCUCUAAAAUAAAUUUUUAAUACAGUAUAUGGGUGGUUGAUGCAUAUCUCCAUACAUUUUCUUCACAUCAGCAAGUUUUUAGGUUAAAAUGUAUAAUGGUCACAAAUAUUCUUUUGGAUUUUUCACAAUUUUAAGCACCAUUUUACCAACACUUCACUACAUUAAUUAGUUUUAAUGCUGCAAAUAUUAAAUAUAGUCUGUCUAAUUUAUGAGAGCAUAAAAAUGCAUGGAUGGUUAUACAUAGAAUUAAUAAAAUUAAUAAAAAUAUUAAUGCUGCAUCAUCAGUGAUUAGUAUUUCACUUAAUAUUUGUUAAUAUUUAUUAUUUAAUAGUUUUUUAUAUUUAUUUUAAUAAUUUGAAAAUACAUUUUAGCUGAAAUAAAAUAAAUGGGUAAUUUUACAACAAGGUUCAUUAGUUAACAUUAGUUAACUACUUUGUUAAUAUGAACUAAGAAUUAAUACUUCUAUAGCAUUUAUUAAUCUUAAUGUGAAUUUCAUUUAUUUUAAUCAAAGUUGUGUUUGUUAACAUUAGCUAAUGCACUGUGAACUAACAUGAACUAACAUGAACAAGCAAUUAACAACUGUAUUUUUUAUUAACUUUAACAAAGAUGAAUAAAUAUUGUAAUAAAUGUGCUGUUCAUUGUUCGUCCAUGUUAAUACAUUACCUAAUAAAACCUAAUAAAACCUAAUAAAAUGGCAAAAACAAAAAAAUUACAUAAACUAAAAAAUAUAGAAAUUAAAACAAAAUCAAAAAUGUUAAUAAAAACUAUACCAGUAUCUCAGUGAUCAUUUAAAAAAAAAAAAUGUCAACUUCCAAAAAGUAUUUCAUGUCAACUACCCAUAUGCAUUUUAAAUACAGCAUAUCUUUUAUAUUUUUCAGAAAAAAAGAGUGAAAUCAAGUUAGAUGUGUGAUAGUAAAUCUAUCUAGUUUAACCCUACUGGAAUAAAUUAAGAUCAUUCAUUCUACCCCAGCAGGAACUUAACAUGAACAUUCUUUUUUUCCAUUCUUCUUUUUCCAACAGCGUUUUUCCAUUGCGGGAAGUUAGCCAGAGCAUAUAAAUGGAGCACUGUUUUCUGGAAACUUUAAAGUAACUGUACAUAGUCUUCUGCUCUGGGCGAGUAAAAACCAAUCUCAAGCCACCUGACUGCUUAUCAGAGCGAAGUGUAAAGUGUUGACAUAAAUGUUGGUUAACAUAUUCACAUAAUUCACAAGUAGCAAAUUGAAUCCCUCUGAUUGACAAAUGAAAGUCUUAAAAGGAGUCUGAAAUUAAAACGAGUUAAUUAGAUUCAACUUUUUCCUCUGUUCUCAGAGUUUCCUAUUUAUUCAAAGGGCUAAAUGAAAACAUAUGCUUUCACUCAAGUCUGCCAACCACAUGUGCCUGAGCAAAAAGGCAAAAAAAAAAAAAAAACCUGUGAACUGUGUAUGUGCACUUUACUCCAACAUAGAUUUUCAGUCACAUCUGAGAUAUGUGCAUGAACGACAUGGUGCAGUUACGUAGCAUAAAAGGAAUUACAGUAAAUAUUUGCUAUUGUAUGUAAAAAUAUGUUGCACAUUAUCAAAGACCCAUUUCAAGCAUUAAAAUAUCUUACAAGGUAAAAUUGUUGGCAUUUCUUGAGUUCCUCUUUUGGAUGAUCAAAUGUGACCUAAUGAAAUGUGCCGCUUGUAAACCUGAAUGUUCUUCAGUCAUGAAAUGAGACUUUAAAGGAGGUUUAAUAACUCAGUAAAACACUAGUUGAGUUUUUUAACCA